AUGAAGGGGAUCCUGCUGAUAAGUGCCUUAGUAUGGACCUUCAAGGGAACCACAUCUGUGACCAGCCCCCCACCCCAGCCAUGGGGCCUGACCUGGAUGCUGGUCAACAGCGCAACUGGGGAAGUCAUCAGUACCACAGAACACAGGGCGCCACUUGGAACCUGGUGGCCUGACCUGUUUUUCUGCCUUCGACAGAUCAACCAAGGUUACCGGACCCUUUGGGGGCUGGGGCCCUACGUCCCUCUGGCUAGCGCCCAGGGAUUUUACGCCUGCCCAGAAGCAGGUAAAGGAGAGUCAUGUGGGUGGGGACCCUUCUGGUGUGCCAGAUUGGACUGUGGCAUCCCACGUCAUGUGCCUAGGGACAAAGCUUGUGACCAGGACCGGGAUUGGGUACGAAUUCAAUUCACCGAGAAGGGCAAAAAGACUGAGGUAUCACGUUGGGUAAACGGGCUAACAUGGGGGAUAAAGUACUAUAAAUCUUGGGGACAUGAGGAAGAAGGCUCAACCCUCACCAUUAAAUUAAUCGUGUCAGCUCCCACGCCAUCUCCCAACGCCGCCGUAGGUCCCAACCAGGUUAAAAUUCCCCAGAAACCUUCAAAUCAGAACAAGGGCCUGGGCCAAAAAGAUAAGAAAAUGUCGACCGGAACGUUUACCCCAGAACCCAUAAGAGGACCGGGUCCAUCGACCUCUGGGUUAUGGGCCCAGCACACUCCCUCUGGGUUAGAUAAUCCCAUGUGGGAAAUGGUGCAGGCAGUAGUAGAGACUCUUAACCAUACCACUCUCUUCCUCACCGAUCCCUGUUGGCUAUGCUACACAGGUUCACCCCCCUUCUAUGAGGCAAUCAGGAUAACUGGCUCCUACACUAUCAGCAACUCCCAUCCCACUUACUGGGACAGGAAACCGUGGGGACUUAUGAUCGCUCAGGUUUCAGUCGUUGAAAGGCCGAGCCCCCACCGGAGCAAGAGGGAGGUGGUUACUGCCCUGACCAUUGGGACCCUCUUCUCCCUAGGGAUAGCAGGGGCAGGCACUGGGGUCGCAGCCCUUGUAACUCGGGAAAAAGGGCUCACAGACCUGAGGCUGGCAGUCGACAGGGACCUAGAACAACUCCGACAGUCAAUAUCAGGCCUGGAGCAAUCCCUCACCUCCUUGUCAGAGUUGGUCCUACAAAACCGAAGGGGCCUGGACCUCUUGGUCUUAAAGGAAGGUGGGCUAUGCGCAGCCCUAAAAGAAGAAUGCUGUUUCUAUGUGGAUAAGAUAGGUGCAGUCAGAGAUUCCUUAGCCAAACUAAAAAAAGAUCUUGACAGGCGGCGUAAGGAAUAUGAAAGCAGCGAAGGCUGGUUUGAGUCUUGGUUCAAGCACAAGCCAUGGUUUGCUACCCUCCUCUCGGCCGUUGUGGGGCACUAG